AUGCCCAUGGCUUUUUACUGGGCACAAGACGAUAGCAGUAAAUACAAUGCCACUGCUUUGGGUUCGAGCAUGAACUUGGUGUCCAAAUUUGUUAGAGUCCUGCAAGACGUCUGUACCAAUGAGAUCGAAAAAUACGCCCCAUUCCUUCCGUUUGGUGGACCAGGCUGUGUGGUUCAGUGCGACGAGAGUAAAUUCAACCAUAAGCGAAAGUAUAACAGGGGUCGUCUCACAAAGGAUUCGUGGGUCUUUGGUGUGAUAACCACCGAAUACCAACCAGUCGGAGGCUACUACCAGGUGGUUGAACGACGAAACCGCGAAUGCUUGUUGCCCAUAUUACAGAGGUGUUUAAAGCCUGGAAGCGUGGUACUUACCGAAGUAAAGUAA